AUGACUUCCAAUAAGCCCGUCUUUGUUCUCGUCCCCGGGGCAUCUCAGAACCCAGCUCAUUAUGCCUACCUGCUUCAUCUCCUACAGUCAGCGGGUUAUGGUGCAUUGAGUGCUCUGCUCCCCAGUGUCGGAGCCCAGGAUGCAGUGACAGCUUCCGAUGAUGCUGAGUACAUUCGGUCCAGAAUGCUGCUUCCACUUCUCGAAAUCGGCCAGCAGAACAUAAUUCUCAUCAGCCACUCAUAUAGCGGGAUGCCUGCCAGCGCUGCGGCUCGAGGCCUUGGGAGGUCCGAUCGGACCACCGAGGGUAAGAACACUGCUGUGCUUGGCCAGAUCUUCAUUGCCUCUAUCCUUCCUCAUGGUGGGGACGGAAUGAGCGUGAUCGAUUCAUUUGGAGGACAACUACCGCCACACAUGUGGGCCGAUGAAACGGAGAAUCUGCUUCGUUGCGAUGAUCCCAAGCCUCCUUUAUUCCAGGAUGUGGAUCCCACUCUUGCUGAUGCCAGUUGCAAGACAGCCAUCGGUCAAGGUUUGACUUCGUUUCGGAGUCCCUGCCCUCUGACUAGCUGGGACACCGAUGCCUUCCGAGAUCGUAUCGCAUAUAUUCACACGGUCAAUGACCGGGCCAUUCCCUAUGAAGCGCAAUUCGCAAUGCUGCAAGCCACGGGGCAAAAAUGGAUCACCAGAGAGAUCCAAAGUGGUCAUAGUGCACAAUUGUCAGCCACUGAAGAGUUAUGCAAGACUAUUCUUGACAUAGUUAAGCAGUGGUAG